AUGCCAGACUGGGAGGUAGUUGCACAGAGGUUCUUGAACCCGCUGAGCUACAAGGAGCUGGUACGCCCAUGGCAACUGGGGUGCAAAUGCAGCUGGAUAGGGAUCCCUGUUGAUGUCAGAAAUGAGGGAGGGCAGAUGAAAGAAAAAUACAAAAUGUUUUUAGAGGAGAUGUCACAGUUUAUUAUGGAGGAAAUACCAAAAGCUGAAUAUUCCAGUAUAUUUAAUGAUUUUGUUGAAUCUGAAUUCUUUCUGAUUGAUGGAGAUUCAUUAAUUAUUACAUGCCUUUGUGAGAAAUCAUUAAGCCUGGGACAGAAUCUCCACUUCUUCUAUCUAGUAGAACGCUAUCUAAUGGAUCUUGCAAGUAAAGGAGGACAGUUUGUCAUUGUUUUCUUCAAGGAUGCUGAGUAUGCAUAUACCAACUUUCCUGAACUUCUUUCUCUGAGAAGUGCUCUAAUUCUUCAUCUUCAACAGAAUACCACCAUUAAUGUUCAAACUAAAUAUUCAGGAUGUUUAUCUCAAGAGUGGAAAUGCUUCUUGGAAGAGACUUGCCCAUAUUUCCUGAUAGUUGCGGAUGAAGGCCUGAAUGAUUCACAGACAAACUUUUUCAACUUUUUAAUCCUACACUCUUGGGCAAUGAAAAUCCAAGUUGUGCUUUCUUCAGAGCAAGUAUCUGAUGUUCUCCGACUUUAUGCAUACCUUAUUGCAAGCAUGGUUAGAAAUCAAUUAUUUUUCAUGAAGAAUGAAAAGAAGAUUAAAUAUACUUACACAGCUCUUAUUAAACAAUUGGAGCAAAAUAGAGUUUCAGCAUUAUCACCGCUCUUUAAAAAUUUUACAUGGACCGAUAUGAUGGAAGAGGCCUGUGAAAUGAUUUAUCUGCUUGAGCAACUCUGGCCAGAAGGAUCUGAUAUUCGACGUGUUCUUUGUGUUACUUCAUGUUCACUGUCUUUGAGAAUGUACCAUCACUUUUUAGUUAACAGAAAGAAGACUGCCUCUGGUCAGGUAACUAAAUUCUUGCAGGUCAACAGUAAGCCCCUAUCCCUGCAGGAAGUGGAAGAUCUAUGCAGACUUCAUUGCCUCAGUGUGGCUUUUCUACUCCACUUACCUCUUUCCCAGAGAGCUGGUGCUAGAUUCAUUACUUCCCAUUGGAUUCAAGAUACCCAGACUUUCUUUAAAAUGAAAAGGUGGUGUGAAUAUUUCAUCCUGAAUAACAUAAGCAAUUUUGAGAAUUUAAAUUUAACUCAUCUUCCUGACUUAAGUGAUGAGCCUUUGUUGAAGAAUAUUACUUUUUACUAUGAAAAAGAACAUGUUCAAGGCCUACAUUUGAAUUUGGGGAAUGUCAUUGAAAAGGAGUAUGAACAUCUCUGGAAUACUGUGUCAAACUUGGUGAAAGACUUUGAGGUUGGAAAACCAUUUCCUAUGAGAACAACAAAAGUUUGCUUUCUCAAAAAGAAACGUUCACCUAUUAAAGAAAUUUCCAAGGGAAUGGUGCCUAAUUUGGGAUUUAUUCCAGUGUCGUGUAAACUGGUGGAUGAGUUUGUUGGAGACAUUUUAAAAGACUUACCUUUCCUAAAGAGCGAUGACCCUAUGGUUACUUCACUUGUUAAACACAAGGAAUUUGAUGAGCUUAUGCACUGGCAUUCCCAUAAGCUGCUGAAGGAUGACUAUGAUUGUGCAAGGUGUGAUGCUGAUGACUACUCUAGAGAUCCUUAUGUUCUUAAAUCCAAGCAAAAGUUUCAUACUUUUCAACGGUUAUAUGGUAAUUCAUUAGAGUCAGUCUCAUCAAAACUCAUUGUAACACAAACUGUCAAGCCAAAGAAGUUCAAUGCACCCAAGAACAAAAAGACUCAUGAGACUAAAGCUGAAAUAAUUGCUAGAGAGAAUAAAAAAAGAUUGUUGGCCAAGGAAGAACAGAAGGAAGAGCAAAAAUGGAAUUCUCUGUCAGUUCCAAUUGAACAGGAAAUGAAAGAUAAUUUAAAUUCUGGAAUUAAGAAACUGGAAGAUUUUCUGAAAUCAUGUAAAAGUAAUUCAGUGAAAUUUCACGCUGAAAUGGUAGGCUUAACUUCCUGUUUGAAAGCAUGGAAAGAACAUUGCCGAGAUGUAGAUAAAGUCUCAAGAGAUUUAAGUAUUGCUGUUCAAAUGAUGAAAAGGAUCCACUCCUUGAUGGAUAAAUAUCCAGAACUUCUGCAAGAAGCAGAUUACCAAUUCAUAGCUAAAUGUCUGAAAUAUUUAGGGUUUGAUGAGUUGGCAAGUGCUGUACAUUCAACGCAGGUUUUGGAAGAGGAACUAAAGAAACAGAAAAAACGCAGAUACUCAGUCGACAUGGGACCUGUUCGAUUUCAACUACAAUGUAUGGGUCCUUAUUUGAUACGAGAUGAGAGAAAAGACCCAGAUCCCAGGGUACAGGAUUUUAUUCCUGACACAUGGCAGCGGGAGCUCCUUGAUGUUGUGGAUAAUAAUGAAUCAGCAGUGAUUGUUGCCCCAACAUCCUCCGGCAAAACCUACGCUUCUUACUACUGCAUGGAGAAAGUGAUGAAGGAAAGUGAUGAUGGGGUGGUUGUGUAUGUUGCACCAACAAAGGCCCUUGUAAAUCAAGUGGCAGCAACUGUUGAAAAUCGUUUUUCAAAAAACCUGCCAAGUGGUGAAGCUAUAUGUGGUAUUUUUACAAGGGAAUAUCGUCAUGAUGCCCUAAACUCUCAGGUGCUUGUUACAGUGCCUGCCUGCCUUGAAAUUCUGUUGUUAUCUCCUCAUCGACAAAAAUGGGUGAAAAAGAUCAGAUAUGUUAUAUUUGAUGAGGUUCAUUGUCUUGGUGGAGAAAUUGGAGCAGAGGUCUGGGAACAUCUCCUUGUUAUGAUUCGAUGUCCAUUUUUGGCUCUUUCAGCUACGAUCAGUAACCCUGCACAUCUCACUGAGUGGCUACAAUCAGUAAAAAGUUACUGGAAACAAAUGGACAAUAUAAUUGCUAGAAAUAUUUCUUCUAAAAAGAAGAUCGACUCUCGUGACAAUUUUUGCAAAAAUUACUUGCAAAUGACGCAAUCAUAUAAAGUCAGGCUUGUGGUCUAUGGAGAGAGAUACAAUGAUUUAGAGAAAUAUGUAUGUUCAUUGAAAGAUAAUGAGGUUGAUUUUGACCAUUUUCACCCAUAUGGUGCACUAACAACAGACCAUAUUGAAAAGCUUGGGUUCCCUUCUGACCUUACCCUUUCACCUCGAGAAAGCAUUCAGCUUUAUGAUGCCAUGGCUCAAGUCUGGGAAACUUGGCCGAGAGCCCAGGAGUUAUGUCCAGAGAAAUUCACUCACUUUAAGAACAAAAUAGUCAUUAAAAAGUUGGAUGCAAGAAAAUAUGAAGAAAACUUAAAGGCAGAAUUAGCCAACUGGAUUAAAAAUGGAAAUUUGAAAGAGGCCAAAAUAGUGCUCCAGAGUCUUAGACCUAAUACACUUGGUAUUUCAGAAAACACUGUAGGUAUAUUUCCACAUGUUAUUGAAAAAUUAAGAAAAUUGGGGAAGUUGCCUGCACUAUGUUUCAUAUUCAAUAUUCAUACUGUCGAAGAAAUGGCUUUUAGUGUAAAGACUUUUCUAGAACAAAAGCAGGAGAGAAAAAGGCCUCUCAAAGCUGAUAAAGAAGCCCACGUCAUGGAGAACAAACUCCGAAAAGUGAAAAAGUCCAUGGAGAAGCAAAAGAUAAUAGAAGAAAAAAGUCAGAAAAAGCCCAGAAAAAUGGAUCAAAGCCUGAUACACGAAGCUGAACAUGAUAGUCUACUGAAGUGUCUAGAGAAGAACCAGGAGAUCCCACAAGACUGCACAUAUGCCGAUCAAAAGGCUGUAGAUACUGAGACUUUGCAGGCAGUGUUUCAUCGAGUAAAAUUUCAACAAAGAGGUGAAGAACUGAUGGCUUUGGCACACAGAGGCAUUGGAUAUCAUCAUAGAUGUUUGAGUGCCAGAGAGAAAUAUUUAGUUGAGGUACUCUUUAGGAAAGGAUUUAUUAGGGUGGUUACAGCUACAGGGACUCUUGCUUUAGGAAUCAAUAUGCCUUGUAAAUCUGUGAUAUUUGCACAAAAUUCUGUCUAUCUGGAUGCUUUAAAUUACAGACAGAUGUCUGGACGUGCUGGAAGACGAGGUCAAGAUCUGCUGGGAGAGGUGUAUUUCUUGAAUAUACCGUUGCCUAAAAUAGAAAAACUCAUAAAAUCCAAUGUUCCUGAGCUAAGAGGACAAUUUCCUGUCAGCGUAACUCUAAUCCUGAGACUCAUGCUCCUGGCUUCCAAGGGAGACGACUCAGAGGAUGCCCAUGCAAAGGUGCUAUCAGUGCUAAAGCAUUCAUUGUUGUCCUUCAAGCAACCCAGACUAGUGGAGAUGUUGAAACUUUACUUCAUAUUUUCUUUGCAGUUACUGGUAAAAGAGGGUUUUUUAGAUCGCGAAGGUAAUCCGAUGGGAUUUGCUGGACUCGUAUCACAUUUGUAUUAUCAUGAACCUUCUAAUAUUGUUUUUGUCAGUUUUCUUGUGGGUGGCCUUUUCCAUAAGCUCUGUCAACCAACCAGGAAAGGCUCAAAACAUUUUUCUCAAGAUGUUAUGGAAAAAUUAUUAUUAGUAUUAGCACAUCUGUUUGGAAGAAGGUAUAUUCCAGCAAAGUUCCUAAAUACGACUGCAAAAUUUCAUCAAUCAAAGGUUUUCCUUGAUGAUCUCCCAGAAGAUUUUAAUGCAGCUUUACUUGAGUAUAAUAUGAAUGUGACAAAGGAUUUUGUCUCAUUUCUACUAAUUGUUUCUAAACUGGCUGAUAUGAAACAGGAAUAUCAACUACCACUGUCAAAUAUCGAUUUCACAGGUAAACAAUGUGAAGACUCCCAGCUUGUGUCUCACUUGAUGAACUGCAAGGAAGGAAGAAAGGCCAUUUCACCAUUUGUUUGCCUUUCUGGGAACACAGAUGCUGAUUUGCUUGAACCACAUACUAUAAACCAAGUCAUUCUGCAUACCAUUGGUAUUAAUGGCAAUCAAAUUCCUGUGUUGUGGUCACAAAGAUUUGAUAGACAAGGAAGAAAAAUGCCACUUAAUGCUUAUAUUCUUGAUUUUUAUAAACAUGGCUCCUUGAAAGGAUUAGCUCAGGACAAUAGGAUACAUGGAGGUGACGCAUAUUUAUUACUGAAGGAUUUUUUACUCACACUUAAAGCUAUCAGUGUGUCUUUGCGUGAACUAUGUGAAAACGAGGAUGACAAUGUGGUCUUAGCAUUUGAACAACUGAGUGAAACGUUUACUGAAAAAUUUAAGAAAGUCUAA